AUGGAUUUACGAUUGCAAGGAUCACAGAUUAAUUUAGUCAGCCGUACAAAACCAACUCGAGAACGUCUGCGACCAAGCUCAUCUAUUUCAGCAUUUUGCCGCCGACCAGAUAGUUGCCAAAGAACUGCUUACAACUUCUUGUCUUCGCCUUGUCGACCUUUUUCAGCAGAUCAUCCAGUAAAUCAACAAAGAAAACUCAAACCAAAAAAGCAUCCACCGCCACUUUCCCGACGAGUCUAUAGUAAAUCUUGCCCUGACUCGGCCAGAUUACUACAAUCUAUGAUUUCAGAACCCAUUAAAGUUAGAUCUUGGGAUGAAUCUAGUGCAGAUAGUAAAGCCUCCUCUGACGAUAGCUUGGGAGCUCGUAUAAAGACGCUCGCAAGGGAUUCUGCUGAGAAUAUUAACGAGUUAGAAACGGAAUACCAGACGCCUAGUACUUCCGAAUUAUUUGGAUCCCAAAGGAAUUUAGAUAGAGAUGAAAUCGAAAACUACGGAGACCACCUUAUAGCGAAUAAUUACAAGCUGAAAGACCAUGUGCAAUUUAAUGAUAAUGUUGAGGUGUUUUUCAAAAGUGAUAAAAGUUCAUCAGGAAGCGAAGAAGACAACGAUGCUAUCGCAGAAUGCACAUCGCAAGAGAUGAACGGAACAUUGCUAAUUUCUCCUGGGCUGACACAGAAACCCCCUUUGCCUUCAAGAAGUCCCAGUGUUCGUUCGAGUGACACAUCAAAUAUCGACCACACACCAACACGCGAUGCCUGGUCAAGCGAGAAUUCUUCAACCCCCAAGGAUAUUUCAGGAAGAGUUAGUUUCUACAAAGAAAAUGCACCAAUAGCGCAUGAUCAGUACAUAGAAGACGACGGUGGAGCAUUAUCUGCAGAUGAAGAAAUUGAACAAAUUUUAUCAAAACACGAGGUGAAUGUGGAUUUAUCUGAACUCAAUACAGAUAAUAUAAUCGAAGAUUACAAAAAAGAAAUUGAAUCUAUAAAUGCACAGCAUGCGGCAGAAAGUAAGCAAAUUCAAAACGAAAAUGCCUGUUACGAAAUCGAUGAACACUUUAGUUAUCUAGAUGAAUACGAAUCCAAAUCAAAUACGACAAUAAUAGAACAAAAACAAUUACACAUGGAAAAUAGAGAAUCAUUCAAUAGUGGUAUUCUUAAAUCAUCGACUCCUGAAGUUAAUUCUGUAAAAUUCCCUUCAAGUCAUUUAUCUAGUUAUCUAGAACACGAGUCAGACAUAUCACAGGAUGGAGUGAUAAACAAUUACAUUGCCACCGUUGGUGAUAUUCAAAGACCCGAACGUGAAUUUAGUACAAGUAGAACUUCGCCUGCAACUAAAUCAACUGCUAAUAGCGAAAUAACUAGGUCUUCUAAUUCUCAAAGCAGUGAAAGUUUUCAUAAAAGACGUUCCAAACCUAGUCCGACGAGAUCCACCAGUGAAUAUAGACAAUGUAAUGACGACGCCCACAUCCCAGAAGUCCGCAAUUAUGAAUUUGAAAGUUGGAUGUCCCGAAGCUUUAGCCCGUCCAGACUUGUAGGCCUGACCACUGACCGUUUGCAGGACGUCGAGUGCCCUGAUAUGGACUCAGUCAGCGAGCGUAGUCAAGAAGAUGAAAAACCUAUAGAAAAAGUAGCUGAUUGUGAAAUUACAUUAAACGAAUCGGCUUACGGUGAAAUAGCCGCAAUACUGAAAGAAAUUGAAGGAGAGGAUAUAGACUUUCAAGGUGAUACAUCAGCUAUACUAAAGAAUUAUAAAAACCAGGAAAUGGAAAAUCUAGUAAACAUGACUGCUAGUAUCGGUAAUAACUUGGAUCAAGAAUGUCCAAAAAACACUUCAAAAUAUAAAGAUAUUUUAUAUUUUCUGGACAAAGUGGAUAGCGAUUGUGAAAACAUUUUGAAAGAAGCAAAGUGUAGAAUACAAAACGUUCAACUACAACAAGGCGCUGGAGAUUAUGCACGAGUUUCAUCGAGUUAUGAUGAUUUACCAAAGAUGCAUGAAUUAAUAAAAUUGCCAAAUAGAGAGCUGGGAAAUAUGAUCAUUAGUUUAUCAAUACAACUCCACGAGCAAAAUUGUAGUAACGCUCUUUUAAAAGACGCUUUAAACGACAGAAAAAAUGAACAUGAAAAGGAGAAAAAAUCAUUACGUAAACAGCACCAAGAUAAAUUGAAAGCUCAAAAACAGGAUCUUGAAGAAGUGGUACGGAGGCACCAAAAUUUCAUUGAUCAGCUAAUAGCUGACAAGAAGACGCUUAAUGCCCAGUGCGAUCGAUUGGUAGCUGACUUGAAAACGGCGGAGCAGCGAUAUGCACAUAAUAUGCAGGCAGCCGAGCAAAGACACAGCCUGGAAGUUCAACGUACAAGAGACAAACUUUUAGCUGCCGAAAAGUUACGCCGGGACCGCUGGGUGGAAACCCAUUCUAAAAAGAUUAAGGAAAUGACAGUGAAAGGCAUGGCCGAUGAAUUAGAGUCAAUUUCCAAUAAGCACUUGAGUCAGCUUGAAGAGUUGCGUCAAAAAUAUAAUAGAGAAUCUCAUGAAGCCAGUUUGAAGCACCAACAGGAAAUGCAACGUAGAGUUGACCUCACGAGAGAAGAAAUGUUAAGAGAACAAGAGCAAGCUGUAAGCAGGGAACGGGAAAGAUUUGAAGUCCAAUUGAACGGUGAGCGUCAAGCGCUCGAAGCAUUGCGGUUGCGGAUGCAAGAAGAAAUGUGCGCAGAAAGAAGGAGACUUGAGGAUUCAGUGGCAUCAAUGCGAAAUGCUGAAGAAAAAGUUCGCCAAAAUGCUGAAUCUCAGCAUAAACGUGCUAUUCAAGACAUUCAAAAUCAGCAUUUCCAAGAAGUAGAAGCUAUCAGAAAACGAUAUGAAACAGAAUUGACCGCCUUGAAACAAGACGCUCAAUUGGAGCAGGAAGCAGCAAGAGCCGCUCUGUCUAAGCAGAGUGUUGAAGCAUUGCGGCAAAGUGAGAAGGAAAUACGGGAAGCCUGCAAGAUAGAUAGAGAUAGGCAAAUUGAAAAAGUUAUAGAGAAAGUUGAAAAAGAAAGCCAAGAAAUGAGAAGGCACAUUGAAAGACAAGCUGAAAAUCGUUUACGGCGACAAAAGGAAAAAUAUGAAAUAGAGAUGUGCGAAUUAUCGAAGUCAGAGAAGCAAAUGCAAGAAAAAGUUUUUGAAUUAAAACAAAAAUAUCUAGAAGCUGAAGAACAUAAUAUCUUAUUACAACAAACUAUUAAACAACUGGAGGUAGAAAGGACCCACUCUCAAAAGCUGUACAAUAAUCUGAUCGCCGAAAAAGAUAAAAUACGAAAUGAGAUUAAAGAAGAAUUUGACUCGCAAAUCGCUGCCUUACAUAAUGAUAUUCGUACUCUAAAAAAAGAUAGAGAAACGGAAAUAGAACAAAUUUAUGCAAGAGUAAAACUAGCUGUAGCUAAAAAAGAUUCAUCACUGCGUCUACUACAAGCUGAAUAUGACCGUAUUUCAGCAAAAUGUGCUAAUUUAGAAAAAGCUUUAACACAACAACGAAUUUUAUACCAUAAUAAUAAAUAA